AGUGCAUCCGGCACUCUUCUGCGCCCCAGGCAGCGACGCCAAACGUGUUCGACGUGAAGGCCGCAAAGCGAAGCGACCCCACAAGCGUCGCGCUCUCCCAUUAUCCUUUACAACGACAAUCUCUUCUCUCUCACCACAACAGGAGUCGCACAGGCGGCCGACAAAUAGUAUUAGCAGAUAAGUUCUAAAAACAAAAGAUGCUGCGCUGCGGACGGCUGCUCUCUUUGGCCACCACCGCUGCGGCUUCCGCUGCCACCGCUGCGAGUGCCUCCGCUUCUCCCGCAAACGACGGAGCCGCGCCCCCGCAGGCUGCAGGCGGAAAUACUUCCGAGUCAUCCGCCGCGGCCGCCGCCGCCCGUAACGCCGCCUUCUUCAGCCUCUACCACCGUCUUCUCAAGGCCGGGGAGGAGGGGGCGAUGAUGCAGCACUGCUUGACGGUGCAUCGCCUCGAGGACAGCGUGAAGUACGGCAUGCGGCUGCUGCGGCUGCACCGUGGGCUGACGACGGUGGACGCAGCGGCCCGGCAGACACGGUGGUUCCACUUGAUUAAACGCACGCGUCAGGGGCUGGCGCGGCGCUACUACGCGUGGAGUUUGUUUCGGCUCCGCGUGAAGCUGCGCAGCUGGAACGCGAUUGCGGACAUGCUGGUCUAUCUGCUCUUUGUGACGGUGUGUGUGCUGCUCUACGAGAUUUACCGCACGUGCCGCCUCGGCGUGGACCGCGCGGAGGAGCGCUACCGGACGUUGGCGAUCCCAAUUGUGCAGACCUUUGACGCCCUCGAAGCCGCGCAGCAGCGGAAGGUGGCACUGCGAAAGGAGAUGGAGGACGACAUCGUCAGAGGGCGGUAG